GUUUAGGUGUGAAACAUGUGCUAUGCACACCAUAUCGAUGUAACUAGACUAUGUUUUUCGUAUUGACAAGGACAAGAAUCUUAACCACGAUUCCGAACAUUAGAAAUAUGGCCUCAUCAACGAAUUCGAAACCGGUUCGCUUGGUUCUCUUUGACGUCUUUGAUACCCUCUGUACUCCAAGGCUACCCAUCCACGAACAGUACCACGAAGAAGCUAUCAGAGGUGGGCUCUCAUCUGCAAGUAUAACCCCACAGAGCGUCCGUAAUGCAUUCAAACCCGCCUUUAAAACUGUCGAUGCCCAAUAUCCUUUGUAUGGUAAACAUUCGACGCCUCCAUUGACUCCUGAGGAAUGGUGGACAAGAAUCAUCUAUGAGACCCUUAGGGAAGCCGGAGCUUCCAAGCGAGAAUUGGAUGGGAAGAUUGAUGCGAUCGGACCUGCUUUGAUGAGUCGUUUUGAGAGUGAUCUCGGGUAUCGAAACUUUCCAGAGACUAUCGCUUGCCUAAAAGAGCUUAAGGAGCUAGAAAUCAAGACCUCGGUAGUAUCCAAUGCUGAUCCUCGUAUUCUCAAAACCUUGGAUUCACUUCAGAUCUUACCCCUUCUUACCUGUUCUCCCACCCUAUCAUGGGAUGUCGAAGCUGCCAAGCCAUCUGCUACCAUCUACGAGAAAGCAUGCGAGAUAUCUGAUGAAAAAGUGGGAGAAGGUAUCAUCAUGGUUGGCGACGAACUCAAAGCUGAUUUCCAUGGUGCCACGUCGGCUGGGAUCGAGGCUCGUCUUAUACGGAGACCAGGAGAAUGGAGUGAUGGUGCUGUCAGAGAUGCUAAAGAGGAAUUGGGCGGGGUGAACGUCGUUUCUAGCUUGGAAGACAUUGUUAAAGAGGUCAAGCAAAGGAACGUAGGUGGCUGAGGUACAGAGGUGUAUACUACGAGUCUGUGGUCUCAAAGGUCAGCAUGACAGCUACUCGCAAUUGGACCUCCUCGGGAUAAUCGGCAGCACAAAUAGAAAUGCAUUCAACCAAUGAAAGUAGGGCCAUCUGACCUCGAGGCUUU